ACUGUUGAGCAGAGAUCAGACUCCUGUGGAUCGGAGCGCGGAUCUGCAGCUGACCCUCAUCACACAGACACUGUUCGGAUAACACAUCACGUUCGGCAAAACACCGUUUAUGGUUUUAACUGAAGAUUUCACAAUGUCUCGCACCGACGAGGUCCACCGCAUUACGGAAAAUGUCUAUAAGACCAUCAUGGAACAGUUCAAUCCCUGUUUGCGGAAUUUCAUCGCCAUGGGAAAGAACUACGAGAAGGCUCUCUCCAGUGUGACGUUUGCAGCGAAGGGCUAUUUCGAUGCUCUGGUGAGAAUGGGAGAGCUGGCCAGUGAAAGCCAAGGAUCAAAAGACUUGGGGGACGUGCUUUUCCAGAUGGCAGAGGUCCACCGACAGAUUCAAGUGCAGUUAGAGGAAAUGUUGAAAUGCUUCCACAACGAGCUGCUGUCGGAGCUGGAGAAGAAGGUGGAAUUGGACGCGAGAUACCUGACUGCGGCUCUUAAGAAGUACCAGAUGGAGCACAAAAGCAAAGGAGAAAGUCUGGAGAAAUGCCAGGGCGAGCUGAAGAAACUGCGGAGGAAGAGCCAGGGCAGCAAGAACCCCUCCAAGUACGGCGAGAAGGAGUUGCAGUACGUUGAAACCAUCAGCAGUAAACAGAGUGAGCUGGACAGCUUCAUUGCAGAGGGCUACAAAACAGCACUUUCAGAGGAACGUAGGAGAUACUGUUUCCUGGUGGACCGCCAGUGCGCUGUGGCCAAGAACAGCAGCGCUUACCAUGGCAAGGGUAAGGACUUGUUAACCCAGAAGAUCCCAGUGUGGCAGCAGGCCUGUUCAGACCCCAACAAGCUGCCCGACAGGGCCAUGCUCCUCGCCCAGCAGAUGAGCUCUGGAUCUGGCACCCUCCUCUCCAGCCCUCUGCACUCCUCCAAGGGCAACCUGGUCAUCUCAGAUCCCAUUCCUGGAGCUCAACCGCUGCCUGUGCCCCCUGAACUAGCUGCCUUCAUGGGAAGUGGCCUGGGCCAUCAGGGGCGGCUAAUGGGUCCUGAUGGCAUGUCUUUGGUGAACGGGACAACGGGAGUCCAUGGAGACGACUACUGGACGGAGGGCGGGGUCUCUCAGGGAAGACCACCCUCUCCGCAGAAUCAGUCUCAAACGCAGAGCCAACCCCAGAGACAGGUCAGCGACGUCUAUUCUAACACCCUGCCUGUCCGCAGGCCCCAGCCGGCUAAAAACAAGACCACUGUGGGAGAGACACGAACUCUGCCCAGGUCAAGUUCCAUGGCGGCCGGUCUGGAGAAGAACGGACGUUCUCGGGUUCAGGCCAUUUUCUCCCACGCCGCUGGAGACAACAGCACCCUUCUGAGCUUCACUGAGGGCGACAUUAUCACCCUGCUGGUGCCAGAGGCUCGGGACGGCUGGCACUAUGGGGAGAAUGAGAAAAACAAGAUGCGCGGCUGGUUUCCUUUUUCCUAUACCCGAGUGCUGCCUGACAGUGACGGGGAGAAGUUAAGAGUCAAUCUUCACCAUGGGAAGAGCAGCAGCACGGGAAACCUGCUGGAGAGAGAGGACAUGUCCUUGCCCAUGCCUGACUAUGGUCUGACUGCCCGACUGUUGGCACAGAGCCUAACACAGACUCGACCACGUCCCUACAGCAUGGCAGGCUUCGCACAGCCAGCGCUAGAGGAUUAUGACAGUCAGUUUGCCACAAGUUCCGAUGGCAAAUUGAUUUCGACAGUGUGAACACAGACAGACUAUCAGACACAGAUCCGGAUAGCACAGGGGCCACGCCCCUACUUUCCUUAGCCCCUCCCCUCUUAAGCUCUGCCUCCACACACUCCUCCUCCAAUGGAAGGGGCCAGUCUCAUCCCUCCUUUCUGUCCUCUCUUCCUCCCUGCGUCUUGCCGGGGCGAUAGUGGCGGUCGCGUGUGGUGGGUCGGGGGGGAACUCUGAGAAGAACGACCGGAACGCAGUCCAACUGCUCGCCUCGCUGCUUUACGGACUCUGAUUCGCCUGUAGUGACGCCGCUAUGACAUCGCUGUGGACUCCAAAGAGACUGCUUACCACUUCCCGUCUUUCAUGCAUGAGCACAAGUUUUGCUAUGUGGUUGUUUUUUAAAAAUGACAUCCUCAUGUAAAAGUGCCAAAAGAAAAGCAAAUUUGGUCUUUUGGAGCAGCUCUCCUCAUUCCGAAGCUCUUGCUGAGUGUUUUUCUAAGCAGAUGUAAUGGGAGCCUCAUGCCAAUUGAGGAAUGUUUUUUCUUUUUUUCUUUUUUUUUUUUAUUCUUUGUGGUUUAGUUGUGCAGAGUGUACUCUCUCUCUGUUUUUGAAGAGCAUUUGCGUUUUGUGAAUCCCUCAUGUAUUACCUGGUGCUCCUCUGGUCCAGAGGCUGUGUCGCUUUGUGCCGCAACAAGCUUAGAUUUUCCUCCGAUUCACCCACGAAAUUGGAACGAUUGGAAGGAAAAUCAAAAUUUUCACUCAUUAAACAAGUGCCAAACGAGAGUGGACCUAUGAAAGUGGAGUGAAGGUCGCAUGAGCUUCAAAAUCCUCGGGUGGGACUGUGCUGUUCGUCCAGACCGGCACGCGUCCGCUCUCCCUACAUGCAUGAAAGAAAAGUGCUCUGAGCAGAAACCUUUUCCCCCAAAAAACAUCCCCGUUAUCCUGCCUCAGACACCUUGAAGUAUGGGAUCAGAAUAGUAUCAAAAUGAGUAUUUUGACAGAAUGAUUCACAAAUGUGUGGCCUGAUUCACAAAAAUCUUCUUUUGAAAGGUGUGUUUGCAAAUUUAUGAAACUUACGGAUAACUUUGAAUAUAAAUGUUGAUGAUUUCUUUCCUGAAAGCAUUUGAGUAAAAAAAUUAAUAUAAAAAUGAAAAUAAUAAUAAUAAUUCGCUUUUUGGUAAAAGAGUGAUUUAGAAAGGUUUUGGUUGGAAAAUCUAUUUUUUUGUAAAAAUACCAAAAUUCAAGGUUUUUAUUCCAAAAUGUAUUCUGCCAUAAAUAAGUCCGAUUUUUGGUAAAAUACUGAUUAAGAGAGGAUUUGAUUCAUAAAUGCAAUUUGUUAAAAACAAAAAAACACUUUUUUGUAAAAUAGUCAUUGAAAUGGCAAAUUUUAUUUUGCAUUUUUUUUUUGUUUAAAUUUUUUUAUUUAUUUAUAUACUACAUCAAGUAAAUGCAAUGUGACAGGGCCUUAGGCACCAUUCGCUCAAAAAUGACUUGUCUCCUCGUGUUGCUUUAAAUCCUUUGCUUUGGUUUAUCUUUAAAAAUAAUUUUUCAAUGAUAAUUUGAAUGAAUCCUGAGAGGUUUCUUUUGAAAAAACAAAGUCCGGUAAUUUAUGGGUUUGUGCAACAUAAGGGUGAAUAAACAAUGAACAGAUUUUCAUUUUUGAGUGAUAUCUUUAAAUUGUGCCUUCGCGUAUAUACGAUUUUUAUUUUGUGAAUAUCAAUCAGGUUACACGUUUAUGCAUCAUAUCGUGUGAAUAUAUCAAUUUUAGCUUAUUCCGAGCCCAUACAGAAGUGCCAGCAGCCCAUGUCUCUAAAACAUCCCCGUUGUAGUGUGUUUCCAUGCAGUUUUAGGGUGUUGACUGACAGAUCCUCUGGAGCUGUGGUGUAGUCCUCGCUGUGUUGAUGUUCUUUUGUUUAUUCUUUUUUUUUUCCUUGGAAAAUAGACAAACUAGGAAAAAUGCACAAGAAAUCAGUGUAACAAUCACAUUAUGCAUGCUGAGGAGGAACAUAGUGAACAUUGACCUUGAAUGUAUGGUGACUUUUUACGAAAGGAAUAAAUAAAUAUCUAUAUAUUAAUAAAACAUUUGUUCAAAUGAGCUUCUGAUGAUUUUUAAUUUGUGAUCUUGCAUUUGAGCUUCAAUGGGUGCUGCACAGCUAACUGAGCAGAAAAGACCUUUAUUCCAUGAUGUUAUUUACUGACAUAUUAUUUAAUCAAAUUUAGGAUAAACCAAAUAAAUACGGCAUGAGCAGUUUUGUGCCACCAGUGGUUAAUAUUAUUCAGACUUUCUCACUUGCACCCACAUACCAACUGGGUUAACCGCAAAUAAAAUGGCAUUGUUUUGAGACCAACUACUAAGCAACGUUUCACGAACCUGAAGAGCACACAGUUCUAAUCUAGCGUAACGUUUGUGUACUUGUGCAUCAUGACGUCGCGUCUGUAUGAAUAUGUGUCCGUGUUUCUGUGUCUGUGCUUGCCUGCUCGCCUUUUUUCUACUUCUUCUAAAUCUUCUAAGAUCUGAUCUACUUGAGGUGUAUAAGACAUGUCGGUUUUUUAUAAGCAUGCAUCUUAUAUAAAGAACUGUGAAAGACUUGAUAUUGAAACGUGCUCUUCAAGAGUUCAUUGUUUUCCAUACACAUCUCUUUACUAAUUGGACCUCCUAACCAAACUGCUACGGGCAGACCUUUCAUUUCGCACUAUAUUUUGAAUCCAUGUCAUUACUAGAAGUGCGUUAUUGACCCAUCUACAAACAUAAGACUGUGACGUCAUCCAUGAGCAGUCCAAAAAAAACAAAAAAAAGCGCCAUGUCACAGAGCAAGUAACCUACUGUACGGCCAUCGAACGCAACACUAACAGUCAUGUGAAUGCGGUGGUGGAAAUGUAGCCAUGCAUAGCAGAGCUGAGCUCUCAGGUACAAACCCCUGGACUUUCUUUACUUUCCAGUUUGGGUCCUGAAUUGUCCCGGUUCUGAGUGUUGCAGGACCUCCGUAAGUCACCUGCCUCCAUCGCUGCUCAGCCAAACCAAUCAUGCCCUUUCUUUUAAUUUUGGUUUUGUUUUCGACUUUCAUUCACUGUGCGGCUUAAACGGGCAGUAGGGCUUCACAACUGUUUCGUCUCAUGCCGCCACCUGCCUCUCUGGUUGGUCCUUGGCUUUUUUGUGUGUGAGCUGUAGUUCGCACCAGCCAGAGAGGUCACAGGUUGCCAGGAAAUGGUGUUGGCGCUGGAGGUAACCCCCGAAUCUAACUCUUGCAUGCAUCUAUCACUGCUGACAGAAGUAACUAUGUCUUGUUCCAUUUGCAUGCCUGCUCCAAACACCCUUCAGAUACCUGUUCAUAAGUAUAUGUCAAAUGAAUCACCGUAUGCCUUUCAGCAGUACCUUUCUUCUGUAUCCCAAAUCAAAGUACAGUAGAGCUGUUUAUGUGUCGUAGAGUUCAGUGGGUCACUGGCGCUUGCCGUUUUGUGGGCGUACUGACCGUGUUUGUUCUCCACCCCCUCUCUAUCUAGUGACCGUUCCCUGGAGGUCUACCUCAGGCCAAGCAUCCUGGACGACCGAACCGCUCCUCUCUACUACUAGAGGGGCCAUGCAGUGGCCUGUGCACUCUGUCGCCCUCUUCUGUUCUGUCUGUGUCAUUGCAGCAGCAUGCGGAGGCAGAGCACAUGAAUUUACCCACAGGGCACGAAGGAUAGAGCUGGUUGUGUUCUUAAAGGAUUAAAAUAAAGAUCUUAACUCUGUAGCUACAUAAUUAACGGUAUUUGUAUCCACCGAUUCACGUAUUUCAAAAGUUAACAGCUUUUCUAAAUGGAUUUCUUUGUUGACAAAUCAGGCACAACCUGAAACAAUGACCGUGUGCUUUUUUUUUUUUUUUUUUUUUUUUUUUUUGCUGUUUGAUUUUUUUUUUUGGAGGGAAAGUGUAAGCCUGAUUGUUUAAACGUGAGAACUUUUAUUUGAAUGAAUGUGAAAAUGUAAAAAAAAAAAAAAAAAAAAAGUGUAAUUUGGUAGAUAUUAUUUCUAUAAAUGCAGUUCUAUAGGGAAGCCUUUCUUUUUCUGUCAGUUAUCUAUGUUUUGUGGCACAUGCCUCUAUCACUCAUUUCAGAAAGCUGAUGAAACCUCUUUGCGGGGAUCUUGACGCUGUGGUCGCUCUGUAUUAAACAGACCACUGUGCUUUGCUAAAGUUCUAGUGAUGCCUCUGUGAAUUCUCUGUCUUUGCAGAGAUCUGUACAGUUAUAUUAGAUGCAAUAUAUAGUGCAAUUUUUCAUGCAAGUGGCACCGACACAGGAACUGUGCCUUUUUCCUGUUGUUUUGUGCUCAAUGCGGUUAUCUGUAACUCCACUGGUGUAAGUAAAGGGAAUUGCUGUUUCAUUUGAUUUUUGUACUAUUAUUUGCUCCUACUGUACUUUUUUUUUUGUUGUUGUUCUUUUCCUAGAAAUUUCAAUGACUGUUAUAGAUAUAUAAGGGGGUUUAUUUGUCUUCACCUGCUGCUUUUGCUUUUCCACGUACUGAGCAAUACUGCUUAUUAAAUAUCAAAAAUAGACUUGCUGAAUAAUAGUGAAAAAAUUCAAUUGCAGGUUCUGUAAAUAUAUUUUUUGGUUUGUUUCGGCUUGAGGGACUGAAAAGCAGACUAGAGCGGUAUACAUAACCACUGAUUUUCAAAAGUGUUACCGGAAAAUACUAUAUCAGCUAGUUUAGAUACUGCUAUGAAUUGCAUGUUUUAUAUAUUAGAGCAUCUACUGUGGAUCGUGUGAGGAAGGUGGGAACGUUGUGUGAUUCUUUCGAUGGAAUGGAAGAUUUUGUGUCUGAUCAGCUUUAAAAUCAAUUUUACAAUGUUUUAUUUUUUGUUUUGGCUUUUCUGUUUAUUCUUAUUUAUGGAGAACUGCACAUGUAUGUGAACAUCCUUGUCUUUUCUGAAAUAAAAAAGCAAAUGUAAACUGCCA